GGACGAAGAUCGGGACGCCUCUCCGAACGACUCCGGAGCGAAUCAGACCAAUUAACUAACUGAGAGGAGAUGACAGCUGGAGCUCUAUACGGAGAACUUUAGCAGAUGCUACAUGUGGUGGUGAAUUCAACUCCUACAUCCCGGCAGAACGGACGAAGAUCGGGACGCCUCUCCGAACGACUCCGGAGCGAAUCAGACCAAUUAACUAACUGAGAGGAGAUGACAGCUGGAGCUCUAUACGGAGAACUUUAGCAGGUAGGCUAACUUUAACCUGUCAGUUUCAUUCUACAACAUGGAGAAUUGUUUAUAGAUUACUUAUGAAGACUAACGAGCUACUUAAGUAACUAGCUAAUCACAAAUAACCCCAAAUUACAACUUUUGUUAAGAUUCAGCCUAGUUGGCGGUCAACUACUUCCGGGAGGUUUCUAAGGCUACAGAGCUAUGUGGAGCACGUGACAGCUGACGCUUUGAUCUUCUGUGGGAUGUUCUCUCGAGGGAAUUCGCUCACCAAUCAUGUCUAAUACGCACGCGUCUUGUGACGUAACGGAUUGUGACGCAUCAGAGGCACUCUAUGUUAAAUCUCUUGUCAUUCUGAAAACACGUCACUUCAAGAAGAGUAGCAAAGCAGAUCGUCCUUUUUGAGUUUUGGAUCCAAAAAAGCUUUUUAAAAUGUUUCAGUCAAGUGGACUAAGGAAGAGAAAUAUCUCCAUCUCAAUUGACAACGUGGAGGACAUAAUAUUGCCUCGUUUGAAGACUUUAUCACCGGCACAGUGGACCUUGCUUUCACAAGGUCUGAAGGAUUCACAUAUUACAGGGGUUCUGGCUGACAUACUUAGCGACAUUUUUCAGCAAUGUGUGGAAAAUUCAUUGAAAAUCCUGAUUCCAAUGAUUGAAGAGAAUGUCGAGGCCUAUGCAAUGACUGAUAAAAUAAUCAGUGUGCAUUUAAACAGUUUGAUUACAGCAGAAAUGGCCAACGUUCUCCAGGUUUCACCAGAAAUAUGUCACAGUGGGAAGGAGUUAAACUCAUUGAUGGAAGAGGAGGUCUCUCGAAAAGUAACUUCUAUUGCAAAUGUGAUCAGAAGGACCCCCGUUUAUCCCGUGGAACCUGCCGUGUAUGUGAGUGGCCGCUUUUCCAACCUAAGAAAUCUCAACAAAAUGGUUUCCAACACAGUUACAUUUUUCCGAAAACAUCUUAACAGAGCCAGCUCAAGUUGUGUUGACAGAUACUGGAGCAGAUUCAUGAAGAAAAAGGAGGCCUUAAAUCUGCCUCCACCAAAACCAAAGAUUGCAUUUGAACGUCCAGAGGAAAGUGUUUCUGCAGUUGUAACAUCUCCCUUUUUUCUGGCCUUGGUUGGUGAGGGAAUUACAGAAAUAAUAGAUGAUUCAGAUAAUUUAUACGAUGCCAAAACAGCAGACGAUGUUACAGAAUUUUGCCCGUCAGUAGAUCCUUUCAAAACAAUUCAAGUGGCAGAAGCAAUUAGCCAAACUAUCAUUGAGGACCUUCAUUUCUGCAAAUCCGAAGGUUCAGUUAGACAGAAAGAUGAGAAAAGUUCAUGCACGCCACAUUUUAACUUGAAAAAUAUUGUUGGUGAUAUCAGAAGCCUAUUUUCAUCAAAGCUCAAAACCGCUCCAGCUGGAAGACAACAAAUAACCAGCAAACCAGAAUUUUCCAGCUUUGCCAAGCAGCGGUUCAGCAGUAUGGUGUCUUCAUUGGAGAAAUCAUUGGAUUCAAGUGACACAAAGGUGGUCAAACUGAAACAUGACCCAGGUAGAUCAAACAGACUCAUGUGCUUCAUGUUUCCUGGAUGCGUUCCUGAGUAUUCAUCAGAUGAGGAAAGCCCAAAACAUCGAGACUACACAGAGACAGACCACAUUCCUAAACUGGAUUUUCAGUCUAUCAAACCUCAGAUUGACAGCCUGUGUGCAGAAUCUACAGGGAACCAAUUUCUAAAUGACAAGAUCAAACAGUUUGUAAAGGAACUGACUGAUAAAUUAUACGCUCAAAUCAUGAGGAGCCAUUAUUUUCAAAUUCCUGUUCCUCCAGAAGGAAAAUAUCUUUCAGAUUCUGUCCUCUCUAGCAAGAAAGUAAGGGACGCUUCUGGCCAGAUACAAGUUUGCCCUGAAGUCUUCUAUGCCAGAGCAGAAGACGAGAGCCAGGGACCUUGGUGAGAUGGGCACAGGUGUUCAUCAUCUGCAAUCUUCUCCGGAGCUUCAUAAGGGAGACGCAGCCUGCACUUUGUUGCCUGAGUGCUAGCCCCCAGUGGUAACUAGUCUGGCCCUGAGAUUUACUCUGCUUUUUGUAUCUCGUACGCUUAGUU